AUGGGGAUGAUUAUGAAGCAAAAGCAGCCGAAAGAAGAUCAUGUUUUCCCAAUGAGAUUUAUAAUUAACGAAGCUCCUAAAGAACAGUCAUUUCGUGAGAUUAACCAAUUAAACAAUAUUUGCAAAAAAUUAAUCGAGGAGCAAAGAGAGCUGAAAAAGCAAAUUCAUGAUCAAAAAAACCAAAUUGACCAGCUUAAAAAUGAAAAAGAAGUUAUAGAAAAUUUUAAGCCGCCAGUUUCUAAUGAUAAUUUUAUCCAGACACAUCGAAUUCAACUUAAAGAUCCUCAUAUUUUAUCAGCUGAAAUUGAACUUCAGCCUAAAAAUGAAGAAGUCAGCUCUGGCUUCAAAUUAGAUGAAGCUCUUUUUACAUUUAUGGAUUCUGAUGGCAAAAAUAUGGCAGAGACUUCACGCUUUGGAGCAGUUCCUGAACCGCCUAAGUCGAGCCGAUUCCCUAGAGAAGUUUUUGUAAGAAGAGUUAAAAGGUCGAGAGGGUAA